CUCAGUUAAGUACUGCCAGUGCCAGCGCAUCCACAAUCAUGGAGGAAACAGCUCCAGCUCUUCAGUCAAGUGGAUCCGCAGAUGUGGAGUGUAAUGCAUGCGUCGGAAGGAAGCGCAAAGCCGAACAGACCUGUCUGGAGUGUUCGGAAUCAUACUGUGACAUUCAUCUUGGUAUGCAUAACACUCUGCACGUGGGAAAGAGGCACAAACUAGUGGAGCCGAAUGCAGCGUUGCAGGAGAACAUCUGCCCCGAUCAUGGCAGGAUCCUGGAGGUGUUCUGCCGCACAGACCAACGCUGCAUCUGUCACCUGUGCAUUACUGAUAAACACAGAGGUCAUGAGGUCAUUGCAAUGGAAGAAGAGGUGGCCAAUAAACAGGUUAAGUUGUGGGAGUUGCAGAAGCAGGUCCUUGACAUAAUUGAAGCAAAAGAGAAAGACGUGCAAGAGCUGGGACAAGCUGUUGAGGUUUUCAGGGCUUCAGCAAAUAAGGCACUGGAGAAGAAUGAGAAAGAGUUCACUGAGCUGAUCCAGUCUAUGCAGGACAGCAAAGCCAAAGUGACAGAGCUGAUCCAAGGUCAGACAGAGACUGCAGUGAAGCAAGCGGAUGGAUUCAUAAAGUCUAUACACCAGGAGAUCAGUAAUAUGAAGACCUUAGAUGCUGAUCUACUAAACCUGGAGCUGCUCUCUCAUACAAACAACAAUGUUCAAUUUCUUGAGAGCACUGUGUCUCUGCCCUCACUGACCAAGUAUAAAAGAUCAUUCGUCUUCCUCGUGCAUCCAUACAAUUCCUUUGAGCGUGACUCCAUGGCAGUUAAUGAACUGGUAGAGAAGCUAAACACGACCAGCAAGUCGAGUUUACUCACAAUUUCCAGAAAAGUGAAAAACACUAGAAUCGUAACAUCACCACGACCGAAGACUCGAGAGGAGUUUCUAAAGUGUGCAUCAAAGCUCACUUUUAAUACCAACACAGCACAUGAAAGUCUCGUCUUGAGAAAAGACAACAGAGAGGUGAUAGCCUCACACCUGACACAGGACUAUCCUGAACACACUCAGAGGUUUAACUGCAGGGCACAGAUCCUGUGCAAUGAAGGUCUCAGAGGGUCCCCUAAAUAUUGGGAGGUGGAGUUUGGCGGGGGCACCUGGAUCUGCAUCGCUGUGUCCUACCAAGGGGUCCGUAGGAAAGGCAAGCAGCGUACUCUGUUUGGGAGAAACGCAGAGUCAUGGGGACUUCGCUGUUACUGGUCCCGUAUUGAAUUUUGGCAUGAUAAUAAGACAACAUUUUCGAAGAAUCAAUCACGUGGCUCCAAAAUAGGAGUGUAUUUAAACUACAGGGCUGGAAUCUUGGCAUUUUACAAUGUUUCCGACAACAUGAGUCUCAUUUAUAAGCACCAAACUGUUUUUAAAGAGCCUGUUUAUCCUGGGUUCGGACUGGCUGGAAAAGGUUCCUAUGUGAGACUUUGCGAUCCAGUGAAAAAUGAGACUAAAAUGCCCCUUUCUUCUCCAUUUAAGUUUGGCAGUUUGUAAGUUCUAGUGUUAACACAUGCAGUUGUCAUGAAAUGUAUACUAUUAUCAAGCAUUAUUUGUAAUCAUUCAUCAGGAUUCAGAGGAAGGAUGCCUUUUUUGCAUGUAGACACUUGGUGGCAGCACUAGAUAAGUUUUAAAUUCAAUCUUUUUUAUUCAGCAUCCGUAAUUAGGGACAACACUAGUCAAGAAUAACUGAGAAUGCAUAUCAAACCAGUGUGUUUUGAGUGAAAAAAUGUUUUGUAUUGUAUUGAUUAUUAAAUAUAUUUGAUUUUAUAUACUA